AUGACAGAAAAAGCCACCUCGAAGGCCCUCGCCUGUGGUCCGGAGGAAACAGCCUCUGAGUCUGCCAAGGCACCCAGUGCAGAGCCUUCUGGAGAAACGGCAGCAUCGGAGUCUGCUGGGGAAGAGUAGGCUCCCGCACCAUAGGAGCCCGCCCCUCAGGCACCGGCCCCCACACCCGCAGCCACUAAACCUGCACCUCCAAAUGAAGACAUCCCCAGGGCCCCGCUUCUGCUGGCCUUGGAGGAUGUGAGCGACAGCUCAGUGACCGUGAGCUGGGAGCCCCCAGAGAGGCUAGGGCGGCUGGGGCUCCAGGGCUAUGCGCUAGAGCUCUGCCGAGAGGGAGCCUCUGAGGGGGUGCCCAUGAAUGCCCGGCCCAUGAUGGUGACCCAGCCGCCGACCGUGCAGAACCUGGCUCCGGGAGACCAAUUCUUCCUGCGUGUGGCUGCAGUGAGCUCUGCGGGGGCCGGCCCACCAGCUGUGCUAGGGCAGCCUGUCCACAUCCAGAAGAUGAUCGAGGCCCCCAAGAUCCGCGUCCCCUGCCAUCUUUGUCAGACCUACAUCCGCCAGGUGGGAGAGACCGUCAGUCUGCAAAUCCCCUUCCAGGGCGGUCCCAAGCCUCAGGCCUCUUGGACCCACAGUGGCCACGCCCUGGACAGCCAGCGAGUGCACGUGUGCACUGGGGACCAGGACUCCGUCUCGGCCCAGCGCUCCGACUCAGGCCGCUACGAGCUCACUGUGCAUCUCGAAGAUUCAGAGGCCAGGGCAGCCAUUGACAUCCUGGUGGUUGAGAAACCUGGGCCCCCCAGCAGCGUCUGGCUCCUGGACGUCUGGGGCUACGACGUUGCCCUUGAGUGGACACUGCCCCAGGACCCAGGCAACACAGAGCUCCUGGGCUACGUGGUGCAGAAGGCAGACAAAAAGACAGGGCAAUGGUUCACGGUGCCGGAGCGCUACCACCCGACCACCUGCACUGUCUCUGACCUCAUCGUGGGAAACGCCUACUCCUUUCGGGUCUUCUCGGAGAACCUGUGUGGACUCAGCACCUUGGCCGCCGUCACCAAGGAGCCAGCCCGGAUCCGGAAGGCAGAUAUCGUUGCCAAGCCUAAAGGGUUUGUCGAGCAAGACUUCUCAGAAGCCCCUUCGUUUACCCAGCCCCUGGCUGACCACACCUCCACCCCGGGCUACAGCACUCAGCUCUUCUGCAGGGUCCGAGCACUGCCCAAGCCCAAGAUAAUCUGGAUGAAAACCAAAAUGGACAUCCAGGGUGACCCCAAAUACCACGCCCUCUCUGAGCAAGGUGUCUGCACCCUGGAGAUCCGGAAGCCCAGCCCCUUUGAUUCCGGGCUCUACACCUGCAAGGCCAUCAGUGUGCUAGGGGAGGCAUCUGUGGCCUGCCGGCUGGAGGUCAAAGGUUACCUGGCUCCUUCCCCAUCCAUGGACGGCCCCCCUGCCAAACCUCCUCCAGAACCCAAGGUGCAGGGCACCCACACCCCACAGCCCCGCCAGAAAGGCUCAGGGAGUGGGACCGGUGGGGAGGUGGGACUGGGCUGA